UGUGUUGGUUUUCAAAAAACAAAAAAACAAAAAGAGGACGGUUAUGUUUUGGAAAUGAUUCUUUAUUUCCUUGUUCCGAGUUGGUAUAUCACUCAAAUGUUCGCUUUACAUUAAGAGAAUCCACUCGAAAAGGAUCUGCAACCGUUAAGUUACUGUUUUUGUGGAUGUAAAGCAGGCCGACUUGAGUCAUGUUGCAUUUAAGGAAAAUGACGCCUGCCAAAGCUUCCAAGCAGGCUUCAGCCGCAGCAUCCAAGAUAAAAAAUAAAAUGCUUAACACCUCCUCCUUCUUCAAGAUCUCCCUAAAGACCAACAACAAGGCCCUGGCUCUGGCCCUGCAGGCUGAGAAGCAGAGGAGCAUGAUGCUGGAGAUGGAGAUCGUCAACCUGAGGAAGCAAGUGGAGUCGCUGUGCUUUGAGUUGGCCACCAGGAAGUACAAGCACAGGAAACUGCUUGUCAUCUUGAAGAAUCUGCACAGCAACACCCUGCAUCACUUGGACAUGGUGACAGAAUUAUUCCCUGACGGUGAUGUCUGUCAAGUAUCUGAGGACCACAACAACCUCCCUGAUGAUCUCAAUAAACCACCAGUUGCAAACCUUCCAGCUCUUCCGGAAGUGGCUAAGGAUUCGGUGUACCUCUGUCCAGAAAGACCAGCAGACUUUCAUAACAACGAUGCGUCUCACGGCGUCCUCGCUGAAUCCACACAUUCGACUAUCUGCAAUGGAAAGAUCAACACCGAGAAAGAGCAUUCAAACCCGGACGUCCUCCAAUUGAAAUCAUCUCUCCAGUCUAGCCCCUUAAGGAAUUACGUGGAGAGGCUCUCGGUUAUGUUCUCGCAGCCCAACUAUGACAUCACAUCAUCUGUACCGUGUCAAACAUCUUCAGCUGUCACUACUGCUGCAAUGCCCACCAUCUCCGCGGAUGCCAUCCCUCCUCAUGUCCCAGUCAUGGAGGCAGAACCACAGGAAAACACUGUGGUCCUCAAUACAACCAUGGAGUUCACUUGUAGUAACACUGCUGAGAUUAUCACCAUUGACACAGCAGUGGAAAAAAAACAUGAGAAAUCAAAAUGCAAGAAGACGAGGAAGUCAAAUCUAAAGGACAGUGUAGUCUCAAGGAACAAAAACAAAGAAAACCUUGCGCCUGAAGGCUUUAGAAACACUGAAGUAAAUCAUCCUCAGUCACAAAAACCUAAAUCUUACAGUGAAACCAUCUCCCGUAUUCCUAAAAUUACAAAGUCUAGAGGUGGCGACCGUCAGAAGGUGAAAAGCACCAAGCCCAAGACGGAUGCUGGUGAUUUGGUCAGUUGUGUCUGGGAUGAUUUUUUCACCGAUAAUGACAUCCUUUCUUCCAAAUCCAAAGAAAGCGAGAAGUUAACUGCAGAAAAAGAAUCCCCAGAAAAAACAAGUUUCGCCAUCACUACUAGGAGGUCCAGGAAGCAAAGUAAAAGGGUGCCAUCAGUUACUAGGAUGCUGUUGUCACCUCAUGACACAGAGAGCAGCAGGUCCAAGGUGGAUCAUGAUGAGCAGGAAACAGUCAGUAUUAUUGCACCCAGAGAGUCUAAUGUUUCGGUCCAUCCCUUUGCAACUGUCAACGAAGUACAGAACAACACUGAGAUGUCUGCAGGACGUCACAACACAAGAUGCAGAAGUACAUUUGUAAUCUCCGUGGAUCACACCGCACUUGCAAGAGAGGAGUCCCGAAUGUUUCCAGAUGACUUUAUUUCUUACGGAGGAUCCACCCGGGAAUCCGAACAUUGGGUGAGCAGAGACGGAGGAGCUGUCACGGAGAUGCUGAGCUCCUGCAAGCGUCCUUGGGUGGCCACUCAGGAUUCGGAAAGCCUUCAAGUGGACUUGCGUGGCAGCGGACACCAUGACAACAUGCCGCCGCUGAAGGAAGUUUUUACCGCAGGCUCUGAAUUUCAGAAGCCCAAAAAAGCAAGGAGAGUGGUCACAGGUGGAUGCAGAAGGAAGAGAGUUGAGAAUAAGGAUGAAUGUGGUGAUUACUCGACGGACAAGAAACAGAAGAACAAACAUUGCCAUGGUAGCAAACAUAUUUCUCCAGAGUAUGGUGUAGAUUGUCAUCUGGACCCUAGAGAAGAAUUCUUGGAUAAUCCUGGCAACCUGCAUGCUGAAAAGGAUGACAUCUUUGCACCAAAGUCCAAACAGGCCAAGUCAAAGUCCAGGCUGGAUCACAAUUCUAAACCACAGCGAAAGGUGUCUGAACUGCCUCCGCUGGACGACACCAGAAAUCCCAGACAGACAUUUGUCGUCUCCAGGAGGAAGACGCCAGGCUGGGCUUCACCGAGCAACACGAGGACAUCGGAUGAGACGGGCGGUGAAGCAGUUCGUCAGCAUCUGGGCGACCUGCUAACCGAUGAGCAGCUCCCGUGGUUGAACAUCUCCGUAGCCAACACUGAACGGGGCUCUUUGCCCUGUAGUCCCAAAUGGCGAUCGUCAGGCGGGCAACGUGUCAUAGUGGAGAUCCCCUCGAUCACCCCUGAAUCUUCUCCAGGACGAGUCCUAACGUCACUGACCAAUACCAUUGCCACCCCAGAUCAGGAAAACCAAGGCAGGAGCAGGCGCCACAAGGGCGUGGUCAGUUACAAGGAGCCGUCCCUAAACAGCAAAGUAAGGCGUGGAGACAAAUUUACAGACUCCAUGUUCCUGAGCUCUCCUGUUUAUAAAAACGGGAAGAAGAAGAAGAACAAGCACAGAACAUCCAAAGACUGAUUUUUAACUUGUACCUUUUUAUUAAAUGUGUUGUUUCAAACAUUUAUUUUGAUGGCUGUUUAGAUUGGACUGUUGGUAAACAUGACCGCCAAGAGGUCGUUCGAUCAUAAAUGAUUCAGUUCACUUUGUUCACCUGAGACGCCGCCUUUUGUCUCUCUUGUAAAGGUCACCGCAUUCAGUCCAGUUCUGCCGGACACACAAACUAUCCAACAUGUAAACAUCCUGUAUUUGCUGUGUAGCGUUAUACAAGUGAAAGACCAUUUACCAUUUAGAAUCGUUUGGUGAGUACACACGCAUACUUUUUUUUGUUGUUUUUUGCAUAGGACAAUGUUUGUAUGUUUGUGUUAAUUAAACAUUC